AUCUUACUUUAUUUACUACAACCUAUCUGGCGGUAUAAUUGUAGUCUUUUAAAGCCACGAAGACCGCACUCUGUAACGAGCGAGGCAACCCGUUUGAACUACAAAUCCCAGAACUACAUGGUUAAACCGUUUGACAAGCGACAGACACUUUUCAUCUGUGAGACCACGGUCCGCAGCUAGCUAGUGACGUGAGUUAGCGAACGUUAGGUGUUUCCUACGGCCACAGGAUGGGUGUAUCAGAUUUACAGUUCGAUACAAAUGCUGGACCUGUGGUGGAUCUUUCAGCCAGGGGCAUGCAAAAGCUUGAUCUGAGUUUCACCUGCUCAGAGGACACUCAUACACUCAUCCUAGACCGGAACCAAAUAAUGAAACUGGACCACCUGGAGAGGAGCCCAAGCCUUCAGCAGCUAUCUGUAGCCAGUAACCGUCUGGUGAGAAUGAUGGGCGUGUCUCGGCUAACAGAGUUGACAGUCCUCAAUCUUCCAAAUAACAGUAUUGGAUACAUCGAGGGGCUCAGAGAUCUGCCGCACCUCAAAUGGCUCAACCUGUCUGGGAACAACAUUAAGGUCAUUGAGCAACUCAACAACUGUGUUUCCCUUCAACACUUGGAUCUGUCAGACAAUAACAUAUCUACCAUUGGUGAUGUGACUAAACUCUUGGCAUUAAAGACACUGUUACUCCAUGGAAACAGCAUUACAACCCUUCGCACUGUUCCUGCUCACCUACCUGCCAGUUUAUCCAUUCUCUCCCUGGCAGAAAAUGAGAUAAGGGAUCUUAAUGAAGCAUCAUACCUGGCACCUCUCCAUGAACUGGAGCAGCUGUCCAUUAUGAGCAACCCUUGUGUUAUGGCAACACCCUCAUUGCCAGGUUUUGAUUAUCGGCCAUAUGUCAUGAGUUGGUGUCUGAGCCUAAAGGUUCUGGAUGGCUAUGUCGUGUCACAGAAAGAAGGUCUCAAAGCAGAGUGGCUCUACAGUCAGGGAAAAGGACGUUCAUAUCGUCCAGGACAGCAUGUUCAACUGGUACAAUACCUGGCCACUGUUUGCCCUCUGACAUCAUCACCAGCCCUCGAGACCGCAGAAGACGCCAAACUGGAGAAGAUCCUCAGUAAACAGAGGUUUCAUCAAAGGCAGCUCUUAGAGCAGACCGGAGGAGGCUGUCCGAGCCCUCCUCGUCCAACUCAGCUAGAUGUGGAGAGCCAAAGUCCGUUACAUCCAGUCUCACAGGGUGGAGCCAGAGAGAUGAAGCAAAUCAGUGCACCUUCACCGGCUGCUGCUCCAUCAGUCCGGGAGACAGAGCCGGUCGUGCAGUUUAACACCUGGAUGAGCUGUGAUUCCUCUCACCCGUCACUACCCGUUGUUCGCAGCCCAAGGCUCGGAGAGGGGCACAUCUAUCUGGAGGAUGUGCAGACAGAUGAAGAAAAACUCAAUGGCAGCAUGCUUUCCUCAGAGUCCACCUUUCUCCCCUUCACCUCUGAUCUGGAGCUGCAAACGACCCACUCUGACAGCGAGGAUGAGACAGAAACAUUUGAACCUGAUUCUCUGGCUCCAAAGCGGCCAGCACAACCCAAAAAGCACAACAACAACAAGACACAUCAUUCAGCCCCAGUGGAUAAGCAAGAGAGGGGUCAUGUAGAAGAAGUUAUUUCUGGUGCAGCUACAACAGCUGAACCCCUGGGCGUCCGAGUUAGCACACCUCAAAAUUAUCUGGAAACAUCCUCUGACUUUGGUAUAGCAAAGAUUGAAGAAGCCCCCAAGCAGGAAGAAGCUGGUAUGGGUGCCAGUAAAUCAAGUUUGAUGGAAGCAGAGGGGGCAGCGGUUAAAAUACAGUCAUGGUGGAGGGGACAGCACACUCGGUGUUGUCACCCCUUGGCCAAAGAGGUGCGCAGUGAAAUCCGCCUGGGCAGGAUGCAAGACCACAUCCUCUCCCUGUCUGGACAGUUGGACAGGAUGCAGCAGCAGUAUGAAGAAGAGAGGUUACAAAGACUGGUUCAGGAGGAAGCUGUAAAGUUUCUGUGGAAACAGCUCCAGUCUAUGCAGCAGUGGAAGCAGUCUGUGGAACAGCAGCUGGCUAGCAUCAGUCAGGCUGUUACCCCGGCUCAGAUCUCAGCUCCUGGACUUUGUGUGGCUGUCCCGCCUGUUGCAUCCAGCACGACGAACCCACCCACCACAGACGUCUCGUUCCCAGACUCUGGCUUCCAGUCAACUAGUGAUCAGCAGGUGGCGCAGGAGGACAGUUUCCUGAGCAGUGGGACAGCAGACUCUGUGAAGACGGUGCGAGACCUCAGCCCUGUUCAUAGUGGCUUUGCUGGUGUUAGCGAUGGUGUUGACAGUGCAGACUGCAGCCUGCUGGAGCAGUACCUCUCCUCCGUACAACAGAGGGAAGAGGAGGCUGAGGGGGUGAUUAGUGAUAAAACAGAAACACAACAGCCCUCCUCACCAGAAUCACCCAGCAAUACAACACAGUCCAACUCCCCCCUCAACCAAUCAGAAGUGCAAAGAACGGUGGAAACCACACCUGGCCCUGACUGAGAGUUUAGACCCAAAACUACAAGUGUGUGUAAAAUGAUAACACUGACUGUAGGAUCAAGACGUGCUGAGACGAGACUCUGUCUGACACUCAUCUUGAUUACUGACCCAGUUCUUAAAUAGCAGUGCACUUAGUUUCACUUGUUUAUCAAGACUGAUCCCAGGACAGGCUUGAAACCCACACAUAACUGUGAAUGUAACUCACGUUUAUAAUACUUGGAUAUAUUCUGUUAUUUAACAUUUUCCGCUCCUUUUUAAGGCAAAGAUUGUGAUGUAGCUUCAGAACAUAUUAGUAUAUUGAAAGCAAUCCUUUAUGAAGGAAUACUCUGAGUAGGUUGCUACCUAUACUGAUUAAUUAACUAGGUAUUGUAUAUCCUCUUCACUUUGUGACAUCCACUGUAUUAAAUACAUGUGAUAAACUACAAUUAAUCAGAUUAGUAGUUGAUGUGUGGAAAGUAGUGCUCUUGUAACCACAAAUACACUUUACAUGAAACAAGCUUACUAUCAAUCAAUCAUAUUUUAAGCUGAACUGUUUUAUAUUGUUUCAACUUUAGAUCACAUUAUCAGAAAAACCUUGUAGCAUUUUAAGAUUGGGAAUAUGUA